UCCUGUGUGGGUGUGCAGGGCCUGUAUCUCAGACCCCUGAAGACAUAAAAACACAAAAAAUGAAGGCCUUUACUACACACACCAUCAUGGUUGCAUUGCCCUCCAUCACUGUGCGCAACAAACCGGCUAUGCUUAGCUGCUAAUCACAGGAUUAUUCUGCUUAACUAAGACUAUUAAGUGUUCCACUUUCAAAUGGCGUCUCCCACAGGCAGACCUUGGAGAGGAUCAUCCCUUCACUAUAGAGCUCUUACAGGGAAGUGAAUAAUACACAAGGGUCCCAGGGGCAGGGCCGGGAAGAAACCCUUGUAUACCAACAGGAUGUCACGGUAGGUUACACUUAGGUAGGCACAGAGGUGGAGAGAGAGAAGAACUGCAAAGGAGGAAGAUGGACCUCAGAGGAACCCACAGAGUACAGUAGGUACCACGCACACAACCAUAAACACGCACAGCACCACAUUACUAUCAUCUACAGUUUGGUUGUCAACUUGUAGUGUUGAUUAAGUGUAGUAUUUUACUGCUUAAACGCCUGCCAUAAUGAACCCUAAUUGAAUCCUAAUUGCAGUGAAUUAAUGUUUUUCUACAAGUUGAUUGAAAGUCAAUACGCUGAUUAAUUUAUUGAUUUUUUUCAUUAAUUCUUUUCAUUUUAUCAUCAGUUACUCAUUCAACAGAUGUGGAGCUGCAGAGGGCUGAAUUAUUGAGACAAAACCAGCACGAGUAAUGAGGACAAUAUCUCUUCUGUCUGCUCAGCAACACUGCUCUGCCUCCGGUUUUGACAUAGACCCUGUUUAUCCGUCUGGAGCAACAAGCCAGGACUGGGACUGUCUCUCAUGUCAUCUCUGACAUGAUGCUCCUGAUGCUGAUGGGGAUAAUGCUGCUGCCGUUGAUGAUAUCUAACACUGGCCAGUCACUUAUCUGACUAUCCUGCAGCACAGACACAUAUUCCUUGUCAGUUAAGGCAGCAGCAGAGACAGAAGGAGACAGUCAGUGUGGAAUCAAUGCCAAUGGCCCUGUUUAUCUGGAGGUGCACCGUCAGGACACCUGUGGCUCUGUAGUCCUCGCAUAACCUCGUCGUUGCUGUCCGAGUGAGAAUAAUCAUGGCCAGCAUGCCGGUUCAACUCCUUGGCUUCUUCUUGGGGCUGUUGGGGUUUGCAGGAACUGUUGUUGCAACUCUGCUCCCCCACUGGCGCAGCACAGCCUACCUGGGCUCCAACAUCAUCACAGCCACCGCCUACAUGAAAGGCCUGUGGAUGGAGUGUGUAUGGCACAGCACCGGCAUCUACCAGUGUGAGCUGUACAGAUCACUGCUGGCACUGCCACGCGACCUGCAGGCUGCCCGGGCGCUCAUGGUUCUCUCCUGCAUCACCUCAGUCCUGGCAUCUCUGGUUUCUGUGAUGGGAAUGAAGUGUACCCGCUUCGCCCAGGGCUCGUUGAUCAAGUCUCCCCUUGCACUAAGCGGGGCAGUUUGUUUUCUCUGUGCUGGCCUGCUCUGCCUGGUCACUGUGUCCUGGACCACCAACGAUGUUGUCAUGGAUUUCUACGACCCCUUCCUUCUCAGUGGGAUGAAGUAUGAGAUCGGCCUGGCCGUGUACCUCGGGUACGCCUCGGCCUUCCUCAGCCUGACCGCAGGGCUGGUGCUGUGCUGGAGCAGCAGUGGUGACAGGUCACAGAGGCCCCACUAUGUGCAGAGGAAUCAACCACCAUCGCCUCCCCCUGCCUUCAACAACAUAUAUCCUCCUGCUCCGCUGUAUAAGCCCCCCGAGGCCCUGAAGGACAAUCGUGCUCCCUCCCUUUGCUCCCUUGCCAGCAGUGGUUAUAGGCUCAAUAACUACGUCUAAGGCCGGGGAAAUACUAACACAGUAACUGCAAAGUCACAGGAACUGCUUUGAAUGAAAAAAAAAGACCAAAACAGUCAACUGAACACUUAUUUAUAAUGUAAACUUUAAUAUCUUUGCAGGCAUUUUCGUCUCUUCCAUACCCAUAAAACAAGUUUAAUAAAUAGAAAAGGAAUGACCAGUAUGUUACAUCACCAUGACUGACGAAUAUUCAGAUGCCACAUUUGUAGGGCAUUCCUCUAACUUUAACAUAACCAGAUGUGAGAGCCUAACAAAACCCUGAACCACAGUGUUUGUGUGAGAGAGAGAGAACUGAAACCUGUUGACCUGCUGCCAUGUACCUAAAGGACCAGGAGGUGGCAAUGUUUUACUGCAAAUAGCCACAGAAGGGACCGUUUAAAACAGAUUUCACAUACUGUGCUGUAAUAAUAAUGGAUAAGCAAUUGUUCUGUUUCUUCCUUGUUGUAGCCUAUUUUGUAGUUGGGAUUAACUGUCUGAAAGCCAGUUCAAUUAUAAUAAAUCCCUGUUUUAUUGGGGGUCAAAGUAGAUAUUUCAAUGUUAAAGUAAGAAAAACACAGCUGUAAUUAAUAAAAUCACUGCCCAGCCUUACUGUGAUAUUUAAAUGGA